GCAGGGGUGCUUUGCUUGCAUCUCCAAGACGCCCCCUGCACAGCAAGGAUCUCCGGUCCUGUCUCCUUCUUCUGCCGUUUGCCUCAUGGAGACCAAGACCUGCAAAGGGGACAGCCUGCGGCCACCUGUCCAAUGCAAACACUCUGUAGAGAAGAAGACGAUGACUAACCCCACCACUGUGAUUGAAAUCUACCCAGACACCACCGAGGUUCGGGAUAAAAAACUCCUCAAUGACCUGAAUGGUGCUGUCGAAGACGCCAAGACUGCCCGUCUUUUUAACAUUACCAGCUCAGCACUGGCCACUUUCUGCAUCAUCCUUGUCUUCAUCUUUCUGCGAUACCCACUCACCAACUACUAGAACAUGGCCAGUAGCUGCUGCCCAAAUCCCCGUGCCAGAAGCCGCCAUUGAGUUUCUAACAGAAGGGACGCAAACAAAUAAAACGACCCCCACGCAACUCCCUCCAAAUGGCAAACGCCACCCCAAACAGAUCAAAGAAACAAUCAGGACUCCCCUUUACACUCCUCCUCUCCCCCCACUCCCCAAUAUAGCCUGACUGGUAUGUGAACUUCCGUAGCAGAGACUUUUACUUUUACAUUUUGUACACAAAGUAUUUAUUUUCAUGAUAAAGAAAUAGGAUUUGAUGGUGAAAUGGAAACGACGCGGCUUAAUCGGAGGGGACUGCAGACUGCGGUGGAGGAGGAGGAACUGAAAGAAUACACCAGGGAUCCCAAGAUGAAGGCAACGUAACCAACCCGAGGAGAGUGCUGAACUGAGAAGAUGGGGCAGGUUGCACUGUUGGGCAUGGUGAAAUGCAGACCUCUUUCGGGAUAUACCCCUAAGUCUGUACACAGUUUCAGAAGCUCAAGAGAGGGAAUGGAAUAAUUAAAAAAAAAAAAGCUUGCUGCUAAGAGUUAGGCAUGGCCUUUGCAGAACAUAUCAGUUGCAUUCAGACUGCUUCCAAGUUCCUUCCCUCUCCGCUCCCCACUCUGUGUCCCCAACACACACACACACACCCCUUUGCCGUCUACAUUUUUACCUGUUUUCAUAUUUAUUUGAUUGAAGCCCAUAAUAGCUUGCAAAAAUGUUUAUAAAUCAGGAAAUUUGGGUUCUAGACAGUUUACACUAGCCUCUCCUGACGAAUCCUGGAGCCUUCCAGGGUAAAUCCCAGAGGGGAGGGGGAAAGUAAUGGUCCUCUUUGGAACCUCAUGGAAACACUGAGAAUGUAGACAACUUAUGGAAAAUUUGCAUAGAUCCUGUAUCUCUGUCAACUUUCAAUAAAAAAUACCUCUAACCAUCA